AUGACAUCUGCGAUGACUAGACCGGAUGAUAAAGUGCGCGGGCCGCGCUUAUAUCGCAAUGAAACAGACGAAGAAGAAAUGGAAGCCGGAACGUCCGACUCAAAUGAUUAUCUGCCGCUGUUGCAGCCUCUCCAACACGAAGGUGCUCAAUCACCAGAGGAAAAUGAAAGUCGGCCAGGCACUGCGCUGGGAGAGGCACCAGGGAACGCCAAUAAGCAGCCGGCUGGACCGAAGCCGCUCACCCCCGAAGAAACGAUUGAAUUGGCGCGAAAUGCGGUGGACAGUGGAAUUCAAGAUACCAAGCGUUCACUGGCAGGUAGCGAGGCUGUCACGGACGUGGUCAAGCCCAAAUUGACUAUUGAUCUCGGCCAUUCGAAUAUCAAUCGCAUUCCUGAGCCAGUCGUGGACUUGAUCAAAGAUGAAGUGGAAAGACUUUCUCUGUCCAACAACCAGCUUGUCCACAUCCCAUAUCGUUUUGCAGAGUGCUCGCACCUAAGAUACCUCAAUAUCCGAGCGAACAAUUUCCGAGAAUUUCCAAAAGGAGUUUACAAACUUCCUCUACUUGAGAUCCUCGAUCUGAGUCGAAAUAAGAUCAGAGAGUUGCCGAAUGAAAUUAGCAAGUUAAAGUCGUUGCGGGUUCUCUCGGUGAUGCAGAAUCGCCUCAGUGAUCUUCCAGUUGGCCUAUCUGAAAUGCACAAGCUUCAGAUCUUCAAAUGUGCCGGAAACCCCCUUCGAAAGCCCCUCCGCGAUAUUCUGGAGGAAACUGAGAACGAAAUGACACCAUCUGGGAUGACUGAUAACGAGAAGGAGGUUGCAGCCACCACCAAAUUGAAGAGGUUCUUCAUGAAAUCACGACAGAAUGUGACUACGCCUGAGCCUGAGGUGCACACUGAUGCAAGUGACGGGAGUUUUGAGGCCAAGCCUGUGCCAACGCCAAUACCCUCCAAGCGGAAUCUGAGUGGUCGUUUCCCGGUGAUUCCUAGUACUGGUGAUGGCUCAGCAGCCUCAUCUCGGUCGCCUUCUAUAUCACGGCCACUCAUCCCGGCGAAAUCGCAUUUCCGAAUGGCCUCAGGACAACAAGGCGCGACUUACCACAUGCCUGGACUGCAAAGGCCCCCCGUCAAUCCCUACAGCGUGAGUGAGCGCAACCGCAGUAACAGCGAGGGCAUAAUCCAAGGAUCAUCGGCUGCACGCAGUAAAAGAAUGGGAUUGAUCACGCGCAAGAAUACCGAUUUAGGUACGUUGGAUGAAACACGUCCAUAUAGAAACAGCCAUCUGCGAGGUCUCAGCCACGGCUCCGUCUUAAGGCCUCGUCAACCUCAGGCGCCGAUUGCCACGAACGACAGUCAUUCUCAAAGCCCUAGCAGCCCAAGGGACCGUCGACGUCCCAGAGAGGGAUGGGUGAACCGGAUGUCUAGUCUUCCUGAACACAAAGGGGAGCGUGGAUCGGAUGCACCAAUCAUCAGAAGCGCAAAGGGAAUCCUAUUCGCACUAGUCCAGGUCCACUCACAUAUCGAUACGUUGAUCAACGUUAUAAGGAUGGAGGACACUAGGCGUCACAGUCUCGAGCUUGUUUUCUACAACGCUACAUCCCACGUGGAUCGGCUUAAUGAUGUCCUUGAAAAGGCAUACUCUUCGUUCCAGGAUGACCCGGAGUCAAUCCCGUCGGCAAAGACGGCCGUGAAGGCUGAAUGUGAAACAUGUAUAGCUGCAUAUAUCCAUGUUGCCACACAACUACGCAACAGCGCGCCCAAGAUUGUUUCCAACGCCGAUCCACAGUACGUGCGGUCGUUGAUGUUGAUGAUUUAUGGAAGUUUGGUGGAACUACGGAAUGCUUGCGCGAUCCUCAAAGCUCCGCUCCAAAUCUCCACCAAACAUCGAUCCCAACCAUCAAUGGUCACCCCGACCAGGGACCCAGUGCCACCGACAAGAAGGAUGCGAAGUGAUACCACGAUCCGACAUCCCCAAUACCCCAUGACUAUGACCACAUCCACCCCGAAUGGCACCAACUCUCCCGGAUUUUCAACGCCAUACUCGCGCAGUCGUUCUAGCAGCCGCUCAAACAUGGCCAAUGCUUCAAUGCCGCACGCCCUAGCUACCCCUCGCUCAGGCGAAACCUUCCCUCCAAUCCCCAUUUCUGGGACUCCUCGGGUAAACACCUUGACUGGGCUUGAUGAAAAUGAAGAAGAGCGGAUUUUCGAGAAGAUUUACCACCAGCUUGUCUCUGCGCAUACCGCUGCCCAUGGAGCGCUCCCCCUAGCCCGGCGGCAAUUCAUAAGAUGUUUGGAGGUUGCUCAGCAUUCACGCGGCUCUGAGGGUCUUCAGUUGGUCUGGAAUAAUCUCAUCCGCCGAGCUCAGGUCUGUCAGGAAGUAUCAGAUAUCUUGGGACAACGUCUCUCCACCAUGAAAAUCAAAGAACCUGGCGGUGGACUUCGCAACCAACGCGAUUUCUGGCAAUUAUGCAAAUCAUUCAUGCAGUCGUUCGUUGACCUAGUGAACGAAAUGCGGGAAGUGAGGAGCAUGCAGCUUCUCCCCUCCGACGUCAUCAUUCUCCUCAGGCCUGUGCAAAAAGCCAGCCGAGAAGCAGGCCGCUUGAUCGAAGUAUCCCCCUGGGCAUACCUCGCAGAUCCAGACCGCCAUCCUCCCCCUGGUUCCAUAUACGGACCUCCACUGCAGAAUCCCCAUAUGCAACACCAAACCUCGGCCUCGGCCUCGGCCAUCAUCAACCCUCACUUCCACCACAACGGGACAAUUACCCCACAGUCCAUCACUGUUCCUGCCACUCCACUGAGUGCAGCGCUUGGUCCCGCUGCGCAAGCCACUGUGCCCUCCACGCCGGCAAGUGCCUACAGUGAUAAGUUCUUCGAAGGGGAUGUCUUCCAACGAGCCGACUCCCUUCUCUCGUCGAACCAAGCGCCUUUCUUCCGUCGCUAG